AUGGAGACCGAUAUCAAGGCCAUCCUCCCGAAUGUGGACCCCGUCAUCUCGGAGUACUCGGUUGGCUACCUGACCCACGCUUCGACGGCAUGGACCGACGAGGAGGACAACGCGGGGCCGCCGCCGCUGGCCGAGGCGGCAUCUGUCAUCACCGAGCUCCUCCUCUCCGCCUCGGGCAGCCCUGACGCCCGGCUCCAGGAGAAGAUUCGUGCCCUGGUCGACAAGUGGGUGGACAAGUACUCCGAGGCCAACGGCUCGGCCGAGCGACGUGGCCCCUCGGUCAAGCGUCUCGACCAGACCAUCCAGGUCAGCGCACAGCGAAACAUGUCGUCGACGCUGGCCGUGUCCACCGGAGGCGUGGACCUCGAGUCCGCCAAUGCUCGCAAGGUCGAGUCAAAGGUCGACCGGAAGAAGCUUGAGAAGGCAGAGCGCAAGAUCGCGGCCAAGCAGAGCAAGAAGACUUUCAAGACAGUCGAGUAUGAGUCUUCCCGCCUGCUCAAUCAGCCCGACCCUGCUCAGUCGUACGAGGACUUUUACAUGGCUGUCAACCCGCUGCAAAUGGGCUCUGGGGCUGCGGGAAAGAGCAAGGAUAUCAAAGUCGAGAACACGGAUGUUUCCAUCGGGGGCACCAGGAUUCUCACCGACACUACCCUUACGCUUUCUUACGGUCAUCGGUAUGGUCUUGUCGGUAACAACGGUGUUGGUAAAUCUACGCUGCUUCGUGCUCUUUCACGAAGAGAGGUUUCCAUUCCGACACAUAUUUCUAUUCUUCACGUCGAGCAAGAGAUUACUGGUGAUGAUACUCCAGCCAUACAGGCAGUCUUGGAUGCCGAUGUCUGGCGCAAGGUGCUUCUCAAGGAGCAGGCUCAGAUCACAGAGAAGCUGGCCGCUAUCGAAGCCCAAAGGUCAUCCAUGGCCGACACUUCAGAAGAAGCAGCCAAGCUGGAUCGCGAGAGAGAGGGUCUCGAUCAGACGCUUGGCGAUGUUCAGGGCAAGCUCGCCGAGAUGGAGUCCGACAAGGCCGAGUCGCGAGCUGCCAGCAUCCUCGCCGGUCUUGGUUUCUCUCCGGAGCGCCAGCAGUUCGCCACCAAGACCUUUUCUGGAGGUUGGCGUAUGCGUCUCGCUCUUGCACGGGCGCUGUUUUGCGAGCCCGACCUUCUUCUUCUCGACGAGCCGUCAAACAUGUUGGACGUCCCCUCAAUCACAUUCCUCUCCACAUAUCUGCAAUCAUACCCGAGUACGGUGCUGGUGGUGUCUCACGACAGAGCCUUCCUCAACGAGGUCGCAACCGACAUCAUUCACCAACACUCUCAAAGGCUCGACUACUACCGCGGCGCCAACUUCGACACCUUCUACGCCACACGCGAGGAGCGCAAGAAGACGGCAAAGAGGGAGUACGAGAACCAGAUGGCACAGAGAGCCCACCUCCAGGCCUUCAUCGACAAGUUCCGCUACAACGCUGCCAAGUCCUCCGAGGCCCAGUCCCGUAUCAAGAAGCUGGAGCGUAUGCCCGUGCUGGAGCCACCAGAGGCCGAGUACAGCGUGCAUUUCAGUUUCCCCGACGUCGAGAAACUAUCGCCACCAAUUGUCCAGAUGUCAGACGUUACAUUCGGCUAUACUCCCGACAAGAUCCUCCUCCGCAACGUCGACCUGGAUGUGCAGCUCGAUUCGCGAAUCGGCAUCGUCGGCCCCAACGGUGCGGGUAAAACGACGGUGCUGAAGCUCCUCAUCAGCAAGCUGACCCCGACUUCGGGCAUCAUCUCACAGCAUCCCCGUCUCCGCAUCGGCUUCUUCGCCCAGCACCACGUCGACGCGCUCGACCUGACCGUCUCGGCCGUGUCCUUCAUGGCAAAGACGUAUCCCGGCCGCACCGACGAGGAGUACCGUCGGCAGCUGGGCGCCUUUGGCAUCACGGGCACGACGGGUCUGCAGAAGAUGGAGGUCCUCUCUGGAGGUCAAAAGUCGCGUGUCGCUUUUGCCUGCCUGGCCCUGACGAACCCGCACAUCCUCGUGCUGGACGAGCCGUCCAACCACCUCGAUAUUGAGGCCAUGGACGCCCUCUCCGAGGCGCUCAAUCGGUUCCAGGGCGGCGUGCUCAUGGUGUCACACGACGUCACCAUGCUGCAGAACGUGUGCACGAGCCUCUGGGUCUGCGACGGUGGGACGGUUGAGAAGUUCAACGGCGACGUCCAGGCGUACAAGAAGAGGAUCGCCGCCCAGGCUGAUGCCGCUGGUGUUGUCAAGGCGCACUGA